GCUUUGUUGAGCCCGACAGCGAGAGGAAAGGCGACGGGAAACCGUGCGUAAAGGCGCAGAGGGAUUCCUGCGCUCUCCAGCCUGAUGCUGCUGGACAGGGUCUCAGUCUGUUUAACUCUUCGGGGUCAUUUAUGGAUCUCAUGAUGGGAGAGACAACCGAAGACCUUGUCAGGGAGGUGGACGAUUUGAGGUCAGAGAACGAGUAUUUGAAAGAUGAGGUGGAGGAGCUUCGCUGUGAGAUGCUGGAAAUGCGCGACAUGUUCCAGGAGGAGGAGGUGUUCCAGCUGCAGGAGCUGCGUCUGCAGCUGGAGCCCAACAAGACCUGUCGCAUCCUGCAGUACCGCCUCCGCAAGGCCGAGCGCCGCAGCAUCCGAGUGGCUCAGACGGGGCAGGUGGACGGGGAGCUGGUCCGGGGCUUGGAGCACGAUAUUAUGGUUGCAAAGAGUGUGUCCCUCCGGCUGUACAACGAGCUGGAGGGGGUGCAGAAGAAGAAUUCCCAGUUGGAGUGGGAAAAUGAGGCCCUGCGUGAGAAGACCCAGGAACUGGAAGUGGCCAAGCAGGUGUUACAGGCUGAGGUGGAGAAAGUCAGAGAGAGCACUCUGAAGAAGAAAAGCCUCCGAUCAACCGCCAGUAGAGCUGAGAAAAGGCUCUCUCAACAGAUCGAGGAUGACAGUGCAGAUCUCAGGUGCCAACUUCACUUUGCCAAAGAGGAAUUAGCUCUCAUGUGCAAGAAGCUCACCAAGUUGGUAUCAGAGAGCGAAGGCAUGCGGGAAGAGCUGGCCAAAUACCACUCAGCCUACGGCGACAUCCAAUCGCCUGAGAGCAAACAAAACUCCGCCCACGCCAGGGAGGCAGGGGUCAGAGUUCACCUAAAACUGGUGGAGGAAGAGGCCACACUCCUGAGCCGGCGCAUCGUUGAACUGGAGGUGGAGAACCGUGGACUGCGAGCAGAAAUGACCGACCUGAAAGAGAAAACGGGAAGAGUAGGGGAGGAAGAGGAAGAAGAAGAAGAAGAAAACCGGGAUGUGUUGGAGGAAAAUCUGUCAGCUGGGACACCGGUGAAGGACAGAGAGGGAAGUUUGAAAAUAGCACGCGCAACGUACAAGGAGGGUCAGGACGAGGCAGCAAGGAAGGUAAAAGUGAUGUUGAGACUUCAUCACAGACUGACGGCGCAAUUAGUGCUUGUCAUGGUAGUCGGGAGGGUCCUGUGGUGGUGA